AAACAAUCUUCACAAACAACCUGCGACAAAUGGCGACAGACGAACCUCCCAAGUCUGCGAAGGUCUCCAAGGAGGAUUUCGAUGUCAUCUCCAAUCGCAUCGCAGUGGCUCUGGCGAAGAGGGAGUCACUUAUAAAAUCAUGGACAGCUUCCUCUUCGCGCCCACGAGAUCCAGAAAAGACAGAAGCAGAACUCGAAGCCGAGGACGCUGCCCUCUUCCGCAAUGAACCGGCUUACCUGGGCGUGGGUGCUCCGAUUCCUUCGCAUUUCUUGGUCAGCGAGGCAGAGAGGAAUAACAAAUCACUUCGAGCCAAAUUCUUCCCAUCCAAAACAUUGCAAGCGAGCAAGGCGAGGGAUGCAGAAGAGAAGGCUGCUAGUGCAAAGCGCGGGCUCAAAGAUGAGAGUAGCGAUGAGGAGGAGGGUCGGUCAGGGCUGGGAAGAGCGAAGAAGCGGAGGACGCAGAGGACUGAGCCUGUGAUGGAGACUGGAAAGGAUGAAGUGGAUCACAUUGGCGUUAAAGGAGGCUCGAAGUUGUUGAAGCCACAAGCCGCAAGUAUGGAUCAGGCUGCGGGAGUUGGGAGAGGAGACAAGGGUUUACCAAAGAUACAAGCCACAAGAACGGGUGAAGCUGGCAAGAGUGAAGGGUCCAACAGGAUCGCGAAGAAGAACCAGGACUUGAGCACGUCACGGAAGCCCGAAAUUGAGAAGGAGGACAAUGAUCCAGCGGAAGAUGUGGCUUCAAUGAAGGGUGGUUCAAUACAGGUUCCAGCAAUUUUACAGAAGGGCGGCGUGAUGGAUCCAGAAGAGCGGAAGAGGAUGAAGAAAAGGGAAAAGAGAAAACGGCAGAAAGAAAGAUUGAGGGCUGCAGGAAAGGCUUGACUGGAGGGAAAGUUUUGCCGACAUAUCAACCAUCUUGCCAUCAAAACCUCUUGAGCGGAUUAUGAAUUCUGGUGUUUAUUUUUUUAUUGAUGUGAGAAUCACUCAGCGAGUGCUUGAACACUGGUAAACAGACUAUUACCACCAGUGUAGACUGCACAAUUUGAAUUUUCAUCAUACAGUUAUUCAUCCUGCGUCCGAAUGUGGUGGAUGAC